AUGCUGCCGCUGCUAUUGCUGCUGCAUGACGCACACACGAUGAGGUCGUACAGCUUCACUUUCAAAUGGCCCCAAUCUCCCCAUUUGAUGUUCCUGUAUUGCUACCCAGCACCCGACACACCGUUCCUGACGUCGUGUGUCCAACACCGGCAGCUUGGCCUAGAGCCGUCAGCCGUUGUCUGUCGUCAAGGUGGAUUGACGUGGGCAUGGACUGUGAGUAACUGA